AUGGACGUGCCACGCCGCAUGAUGCGUCUUCGCUGGCUUAGUCGCCGUACUGAGGCGCUCUAUAUUUCCCCACUACGAACUCUAGGCGCCUCAUACGCCACUGCUGCGAAAAAAGGCGGCAAGAAGGAGCAGGGUAAGUACCAGGCGACGUUGCGUCUUCCUCAAACGCCAUUCAGUCUACGCGCGUUUGCGAAAGAUCGCGAGCCUCGCUUUCGCAAAGCCACGACAGAGAAUCUGUACGAAUGGCAACGUCGCCAUCUAGGUGGUGAUCAGCGCGAUUUCGUGCUGCAUGAUGGCCCACCGUAUGCGAACGGGAGUCUGCAUAUGGGCCAUGCCCUCAACAAAAUUCUCAAAGAUAUUAUCUUGCGUUUCCAGGUUUUGCAAGGCCGACGUGUCCACUACAUGCCUGGCUGGGACUGCCAUGGUUUGCCGAUUGAAAUCAAAGCUGUGGCUGAAGCGCGCGCACAAGGGCAGACCUCCAUGACACCGACACAAAUCCGCGAUACAGCGCGCAAGGUGGCAUUGAGAGAGUUGGAUAACCAACGUGAGAUGUUCAAGCAAUUCGGUAUCAUGACCGAUUGGUCGGAUAGCAACUGCUACCGCACGCUUUCGUUUUCCUACGAACUGGCCCAGCUCCGCCUGUUUGCUAAGUGCGUCGAGCGUGGCUUAAUCUACGAGCGUUUCCGGCCUGUGUACUGGUCUCCAUCUACGCAGACAGCCCUGGCCGAGGCGGAGAUUGAAUACGAUGAGCAUGUGAGUCACAGUGUGUACUUGCGUUUCCGUCUUGAGCCAUCUACUUCGCUACGUACAUUGCUGGGCACUCUCGCUGAGGAACCUAUUUCUAUGGUGGUGUGGACUACGACGCCAUGGUCCCUAUUUGGCAAUAUGGCCCUGACCAUCAAGGCCGAUGCUGUGUAUUCGAUUGUGCGUACGUCGACCAAUGAGCUCUUGCUGGUUGCACAGGAUCUUGUUUCUUCUCUUUCAAGUGUUUCGUUAGGCCGCGAUACCAAGGCGCCACGUACUCACCUUGGUGCCUUGGACGAGGUACUGACGCUGCCUGGCACAGCGCUUGUUGGAUCUACGUAUCGCUAUCCUUUCAUGGCGCCCGACGCUGUGCGAUAUAUUACAGCGGCUGAUUUUGUCACCACAGAGUCCGGUACCGGUAUUGUUCACAGUGCACCAGCGCAUGGCCAGGAAGAUUAUGAGGCAUGGCGUGACUCUGGAUGCCUUGAGUCUUAUGGGAUUACAUCGCCUGUGGACCACCGCGGAGCCUUUGCCUUUGACAGUAAGCAUGGCGCUACGCCUGCUAUUCAAGACGACAUUCAAUCACUCGAGGGACUUCUAGCUUUGGAGGAAGGUACAAAGAAGGUGCUAGAGCUCCUGGACAAGUACGGCAUUCUGCUUGGCGAGCAAUUGUAUACACACAGUUACCCCAUUGAUUGGCGGACCAAGAAGCCUAUUCUCACUCGAGCUACAGCACAGUGGUUUGCUGAUUUGAGUCAGACACUCCCCGAUACAAAUGCGGCGUUGCGUGACGUACACUUUGUGCCACCCACAGGUGAGCAUCGGCUACACAGCCUGGUCUCGCGUCGCUCCGAAUGGUGCAUCUCGCGUCAGCGUGCAUGGGGCGUCCCUAUACCUGUGGUGUACGACGCAGAAACGCAUACGCCUCUGGUGAGCGUGGACAAUGUAGAGCACAUCAUCGAUGUGAUGGCAUCGCAUGGCUCGACCGAUGCAUGGUGGACUCUGGACGCCGAAGCCUUUGUUGCACCCGCUCAUCGUGUCCCGGGAAAAUCAUGGUAUAUCAAGGGCGAUACACUUGAUGUAUGGUUUGAUAGUGGCUCUUCCUGGGCUGUGUUGCAGCAGGCACUAGGAGAACCACUCUGCACGUCCGAACCGUGUGCGGACGUGUACUUGGAAGGCUCUGAUCAACAUCGUGGAUGGUUUCAGUCCUCGUUACUUACGCGUGUCGCUGUUUGUGGACACGGCACCAAAGCACCAUAUGCCAACCUUGUUACACAUGGGUUUGUGGUGGAUGAGUCAGGACGAAAAAUGUCCAAAUCGAUUGGCAAUGUGAUUGCUCCGGAGGCGUUCUUGCAAGGGGACCCCAAGAAGCCGAAAGAAUUCCCCGCGUUAGGUACCGAUGUCUUGCGUUGGUGGGUUGCCAAGGCAGACUACACCAAAGACAUUCCUAUUAGCACCCUCAUCAUGAAGCAUGUGAGCGAUGAAGUGCGCAAGCUUAGGAACACGGCCCGGUUCAUGCUGGCUAACCUGAAUGACCUCCCACGUGAAUCCAUCCCACCACUUUCCCCGUCGACAGCCAGUUUGAUGGACCGAUACACCAUGCAUGAGCUGUACAAAUUGGAGCGCACGUGUCGUGAAGCGUAUCGCCAGUUCGAUUUUGCUCAAGUCACCCGCAGUCUGCUGGAAUUUGCGACCAAGACGCUAUCGUCGCUCUAUCUGGAUAUCGUCAAGGAUCCGUUGUAUGCUGGCUCUGAGGCCGAUAGGCAAGGUAUCCUUUACGUCCUUGACCAUGUGCUGCAUACUAUGACGACCCUCUUAGCCCCUAUCUUGCCACACUUGGCCGAAGACAUUGCAUGGUACCGACGUGGGGCGCAGGCCGAUCCUACGCCGGCGGAGAUGGAAACUAUGCCCUCCUUUUUCCAGCAAGGAUGGCGCCCUGUUGAUGUCGUAUGGCACGACCCUGCGUUGGAAGCCCAAGCCCAAGCGCUUUUACGUAUGCGUUCUGACAUCUUUGUCCUCAUGACGCAUUGUCAGAAAGCUGGUCACAUAAAGGCAUCGUCUGAGACGGCUGUGGAUAUUUAUCUUCCUUCUUCGCACCCACUGUGGGCUGUGUGUGAAGCACAUCAGGCGCAGUUGCCGGAUCUUUUCCAGGUCUCCCAUGUCCGUCUCUUUCCCGAGGAGGCUGCGUUCCACGCACAUUUGCGCGCUGACAGAUGGUCCCAAAGCUUGACAAUUCACAACACGCCCAUCCAACUACGUAUGCAAGCAUCGCCACAGCACAAGUGCCCACGGUGCUGGAAGUACCACAGUGAUCAACCGGAGACAUUAUGUGCUCGUUGCGAUGCUGUGCUCUCACCCUAA